AUGGAAUCUCGAAAACUUGUCGUCCAAGGAAUUUCGUUGAAAAAUAAUAAAUUUGAGCGAUAUGGUGGAAGAGUAUAUUUGCAUGUGGAUAACAUGAAAGAAUACAAGUUAUGUGCAGGAGAUUACAUUGUCAUCAAGAAGUACGAAAAUGAGGGAAAAGAGAUGACAGUUGGAAUCGCUUGGCCAUCAUUUACAAUCCAAAAAAAUUACAUACAAUUAAGUACUGUGCAACAAGAAAAUUCCAAUCUUCAAAUUGAGGAUAUCGCUACAGUUUCACGAAUUGACAUCCCAAUAAUUAUCGCGUCAAAAAUUGUAUUGGAACCGUGCGAUAAUAUCAAAUUUCCUAUCGAUCAAAUGUUGAAUAUUUAUGCAAAGGAAAUCUUGAGAAAUCGUGUUGAAUUUCAAUAUCACGGACAUUUCAAAGUGUUUCGCGUUAUCGAAAUCAAAAAUAAUAAUGUGGAAGUGGAAAAUUUUGAUAUUUUUUCAAUUACUCGAGACACUAUUGUUGUCAUCUUACCAAAAAAGAAGGAAGAAGCAAUAUCAAAAGUUAAUGUAAUAAAUGAGAAUAUUUCUAAAUUCGGAUAUGCUAACAUUGGAGGAUUAUCAGAACAAAUUCAAAUAAUUCGUGAGAUGGUGGAAGUUCCUCUAAAGAAUCCUGAAUUAUUUGUACAAUUUGGGUUACGACCACCAAAAGGUAUAUUACUUCAUGGUCCUCCUGGAACAGGUAAAACUUUGAUAGCACGCGCUGUCGCGGAAGAAACAAGUUCUUACGUGAUCUGUGUGAAUGGACCAGAAAUUAUGAGUAAAUAUUAUGGAGAAACGGAAACGAAGCUUAAGGAUUUAUUCAACCAAGCUGUUGAAAAUGCUCCAUCAAUUAUUUUUAUUGAUGAGAUAGAUGCGUUAUGUCCUAAACAUAUUGGUUUACAAGACCGCGUGGUAAUUAUUGGUGCAACCAAUCGGCCAAAUGCAUUAGAUGAAGCUUUGAGAAGACCUGGAAGAUUUGAUCGUGAAUUAGAAAUUGGAAUUCCAAAUUCUAAUUCUCGAUGUUCUAUAUUAUCUACAUUAUUACGAAAUACUCCACACACUCUUUCGUCUGAAGAUAUUAAUGAAUUAGCAGCAAAAUUACAUGGCUAUGUUGGUGCUGAUUUGGCUGCUUUAUGUCGAGAAGCAGGAUUAAGAGCGAUUAAAAAAAGUGUCGAAAAUCACAAUAAACAAAAUAUAAAAAUUACUAUAAAUGAUAUGAAUGAUGCCUUGAAAGAAAUUAGACCAAGUGCUAUGAGAGAAAUAGUUCUUGAAGUUCCUAAAGUUUAUUGGUCAGAUAUUGGUGGGCAGCAAAAAAUAAAACAAAAAUUAAAGGAAUCAAUUGAAUGGCCUUUACAACAUCCUGAAAAAUUUUCCAGACUUGGAAUACGACCACCAAAAGGAAUAUUAUUAUAUGGACCUCCAGGUUGUAGUAAGACAUUAAUGGCUAAAGCUCUCGCCACCGAAGCGGGUUUAAAUUUUAUUGCUGUCAAAGGUCCGGAGCUUUUCAGUAAAUGGGUCGGUGAAUCAGAAAAGGCAGUCAGAGAAGUAUUCCGUAAAGCACGCGCUGCUUCUCCAUCAAUUAUAUUUUUUGAUGAAAUAGAUGCUCUCACUGUAAAACGUGGUGCUGGAGAAGGUGGCGGAACUUCAGUAGUAGAUCGUGUAUUAUCACAACUUUUAAAUGAAUUAGAUGGAAUAGAGCCAUUGGUGAAUGUUACUAUCGUGGCGGCAACUAAUCGUCCAGAUAUAAUAGAUAAUGCCUUAUUAAGACCUGGCCGCAUUGAUCGAAUAUUGUAUGUAGGUCCACCUGACCAGCCAUCGAGGAAAGAAAUUUUUAGUAUUCAAUUAAGAAAGAUGUCAUGUGGAAAGGAUGUCUAUCCUGAAGAAUUAGCUUCUAUGACCGAAGGAUAUUCCGGUGCUGAAAUAGUAGCUAUAAGUCAGGAAGCUGCUUUAUACGCAAUGGAAGAAGAUCUUGAUGCAAAGGAGGUUUUACGUGAUCAUUUUAUUAAAGCGAUAUCAUCAUUUACACGUCGUAUCACUACAGAAAUGAUAGAAUUUUAUGAAGAUUUUCGUAAAAAAUCUGGUUUAAAGAGUGUGUAG